AUGGAGCUACUUAUCAUUUUAGUACUAAUAAAUGGUGUGCAAAGCCUUUUCGACAUUAGAGAUGUGACGUCAGAUGUUAUGACGAGUCUACCCAAAGACUUUUCUAUAGCUGUGAAGGAUAUAGCCGAAGGAAUGCCUACUAAAGCCAUAACUAUUGUUAGAGGGAAUUCUACGAAUAUCAGGUCACAAGACAUAUUCGAGUUGCUCUGCUUGUUAAGCCAACACAAAGUGCUCACUACAAACUUGGACAUCGCUACAAAGGAAAACAAACAAAAGUAUUACGAGUUUCUGGGAAAGGCUUUGGAUGUGUCAGAUCAAAGGACCAGUCUGAUUCUGUGCGAACCUUAUGAAUGCGAGAAUAUUCUUUUUGAGUUGACAGAAAACAACCUAAUCCACAGCAUGAUACUAUACUUCUUCUACUGGUCGUACGGGCCGGUCAGUGAAACCUUCCUAAUGACCAUGAAAGAAGCUAUGAGGGUCGCUGUCAUCACCAACCCGAGAGAGAGCGUGUUCCGCAUCUACUACAACCAGGGCACCCCAGACCGUCUGAACCACUUGACCCUGGUGAACUGGUGGGCGGGAACCCUGUACAAGUCUCCUGUCCUGCCACCCACGGACAAGGUCUACCAUAACUUCAGAGGAAGGGUCUUUGAAGUUCCUGUGUUGCAUGCACCUCCAUGGCAUUUCGUGAAAUACAACAAUGAUAACACCAUCACAGUUACCGGGGGUCGCGAUGACAAACUCCUAGCUCUCAUGUCCAAGAAACUCAACUUCAAGUAUAGAUACUACGACCCACCAGACAGAAGCCAAGGGUCGAGUAUUUCAAGUAACGGAACUUUCAAGGGCACUCUGGGCCUGAUCUGGAAGCGGAAAGCAGAUUUCUUCCUGGGCGAUGUAACAAUGACAUGGGAAAGACUACAAGCAGUGGAAUUCUCGUUUAUGACCCUAGCGGACUCUGGAGCUUUCCUCACUCACGCUCCAGCGAAAUUGAGCGAGACUCUGGCAAUCAUCAGACCUUUUCAGUGGGAGGUAUGGCCUCUAGUUUUCGCAACACUACUAGUGACUGGUCCAGCGCUCUGGAUUGUGAUAGCUGCCCCGUCGCUAUGGCAACGACGUGAAUGUGACCAGCUCGGACUCUUUAGCAGUUGCUGUUGGUUCACCACUACACUGUUCUUGAGACAAUCAUCCAGCAAAGAACCUUCCAGUACCCACAAGGCUCGACUCGUCUCAGUCCUGAUCUCUCUCGGAGCGACCUACGUCAUCGGCGACAUGUACUCAGCUAACCUCACCAGCCUGAUAGCCAAGCCUUCGAGGGAACGACCUAUUGGAACCUUGCAGGCGCUUGAGGAAGCAAUGAGGGAUUAUGGAUAUGAGCUCGUGGUGGAAAGCCAUAGCUCGUCUUUGGCUAUUUUGGAGAACGGCACGGGAGUGUACGGUCGGCUGGCCAACCUGAUGCGUCGACAGCGAGUGCAGCGCGUGCGCAAUGUUGAAGUGGGAGUGAGACUCGUGCUGUCUCACAAACGAGUCGCGGUGUUAGGGGGAAGGGAGACGCUGUAUUAUGAUACUGAGAGAUUCGGAUCUCAUAACUUUCAUUUAAGUGAAAAGCUGUAUACUAGAUACUCAGCCAUCGCUCUUCAAAUUGGCUGUCCCUAUUUGGAGACCUUUAACAACGUCCUAAUGACCCUGUUCGAAGCUGGUAUCAUAGCGAAGAUGACAACAGACGAGUAUAAGAAUCUUCCAGAACAAGCUAGAAGAUCGGACCCGGUCACCGAGAGUGAUAAACAGGGCAAUGAGCUGAUGGGAGAUUCUACGACUGCUUCACAAGCGCCACAAUCGGAAUCCGCUAAGGGUCUGCAACCUGUCUCUUUGAGGAUGUUGAGGGGGGCCUUCUGUCUGCUGGGGAUCGGACAUCUGUUGGCAGCUAUAUCCCUAGCCGUGGAGAUCCAGCUCCACCGCCGAUCUAAGCGCCGUCACGAGCCACCUCCAAGCGAGCACAGGAAGACACAGAAACUACUCGUGCUUGGCAAGUCCGUGAUGCUGUUCAAACGAGGGUACAAGAGGGUUUGUGCUACUGUGUAUACGGGCAUCGAUAAGGCGUUGGGACCUGAGGUUAAAGAUUAA